AUGGGCACAGGUGGGCAGCACUGAUGGGCACAGGUGGGUGGCACUGCUGUGUGGCACUGAUGGGCACAGAUGGACAACCGCGCCCUCACACCCAGGGCAGACUGACAACUCAUGAGGCCCCCGGGCAAUAGGGGAUCAUGGGGCCCUGUGUCCUUGCCCAAACUCAAAAAAGCCUAUGAAAAAGGUACCAGGUGCAUCUCAUUGGGCCCCCUACUGACCCCGGGCCCUCAGGCAGUGCCCGAGUUUCCAAAUGAUCAGUCCACCCCU